AUGUCCACUCCCGUCCCCAAAGCCACCACCCCCUUCUGGCGCACCCAGCCCCAUCCCCUCGACCGCCACCGCAGCACCCCAGACCUUUCUACUGAAUGCGACAUUCUCAUCAUUGGCGCCGGCUUCGCAGGAGCAGCCCUAGCACAUUUUCUCUACAAGGACAAUCCCUCGCCACCAUCGGUAGUCAUCCUCGAGGCACGCGAAGCAUGUUCCGGAGCUACUGGUCGCAAUGGAGGACACCUCAAACCAGACGUCUACCUUAACCUUCCAAAACACAUCAAAAAGUACGGCGUCGAAGCCGCAGUGGAAGUGGCCAAAUUCGAAGCCUCCCAAGUCCACGCCGUGAAGGAGCUAGUCGAGACCGAGAACAUUGACUGCGACUUCGUUUUAACCCGCGCAUGCGAUGCAACACUGGACGAGAAACUAGCGCGAGAGAUUGAGGAUGCGUACACGGAACUAGUUAAAUCAGGCGUUGCUGAUCUCAAAGAUGUGCAUUUUACACCGCGCAAGAAUGCCGAGCGGGUAUCCGGCGUCAAAGGCGCCCUGAACUGCUUCACCUUCACAGCAGGCCACAUCUGGCCCUACAAGAUGGUAAUGCAUCUCCUUCAAGGCGUCGUGAACCGCGGCGCGAACCUCCAAACCAUGACCCCCGUUACAUCUAUCGAUGAGAGCCCUCUACCCGAUGGUCGCUGGGCAGUCCACACCGAAAGGGGGGACAUAAAGGCGAAGAAAAUCCUUCUCGCGACAAACGCAUACACAUCCCACCUGGCACCACAAUUCAAGAACCACAUCGUCCCGGUGCGCGGCAUCUGCAGCCGUAUCGUCGUACCAGAGGGCAAGGUGGCGCCAUUCCUACCCCAAACCUAUAGUAUCCGGUAUGGGCCGUCGAUGUACGAUUAUCUGAUCCCGAGACCAGACGGGAGUAUUGUUGUGGGUGGGGCCAAGGCGAGGUUCUGGACAGAUAAGAAGCACUGGUACGAUGUUGUGGAUGAUGGAAAGUUGAUUGAGCCUGCCGAGACAUACUUCGAUGGGUUGAUGCAGAGACAUUUUGUUGGGUGGGAGGGGAGCGAGGCUUAUACAGAUCGGGUGUGGACGGGGAUUAUGGGGUAUAGUUCCGACUUCAUGCCGUAUGUGGGUGAGGUGCCUGGGAAGCCGAAUCAAACUGUUCUGGCGGGUUUCUCGGGACAUGGCAUGCCGCUGAUUCUGCUUUGUGCAAAAGCGGUUGCGAGGAUGGUGAGGGAGGGUGCUGCUUUCGAGGAUACGGAUGUACCGUCGGUGUUCCGGGUGACGAAGGAGAGGUUGGAGAGUACGAAGAAUGAGAUUCUGGAGGGGUUGGAAAAGGAGCAUCCCUCGAGUAAGCUGUGA